GAUCCUGUCUCUAAACUACAGAAUGAAUUGUCAAUUACACUAACUAAAUGGAUAAAUAUGUCAGUAAAUUAGGUGUUUUUUAUCAUUUAUUGCAGACAUUUAUUUUUAUCUUUGCUCUGCAUCAUCCAGAAUGUUUUCCCGGAAGUUCACACAUCGGUUGUCUCCCCUCUAUACACUUGAAAACAACACAGAACUGAAGAACUUUUACCUGAAAAAUGAAAUAAAUAAACACAUUCAUUCAUAUGUAAGAUAAAUUAAAGUGGAGAAUAAACCAUCAUCGAAGUCAGUCCUACAAUUGAAAGAAGGAAGCCACAGAUUUAAGUAGAUAGACAGCUGAACAAUCAAUAAAGUCAGCUGUAACACAGUUAGAAGGUAGCCGUUAAGUGGAGUGUGACAUUGGUAACAGUUAACCAGUCAGACAAUUAUGGAUGGAAAUAAAGAUCUUCAAAACGUUGCAGAAAAACCAAAGAAGAAGAAAUCACAAGGGAACCAGGCAAAGAAAGAGGGCAAGAAGAAAACUGGUGAUAAUCAGAGACCAGUCAUGUCAAGUACUGUUCAGUACCACCCAGAUAGUUCAAUCCAAUAUCAGACAGAUAGAUUGAUACCAGAAGGACAGGGAACCCAUCAUAUUACUGACAGACUUGUUUUUGAUGGACAGACACUCAAUCAACCAAGACUACAUAACCUCCCUCCAAAGAAAAGUUUGUCCCCAUCAUUUAUAGCCUCUCACAUUAUGGCACAAGAAGGAAUGAAUCAACCUUCUGAACCAUCUCAUACAGUACAACAUCUUCCUUCUUCUCCAGUUAAAGUUCAAAGUUCAACAGAAAGAAUCCCAGACAUAAGGUUUAUGGGUCAGAUUUUCUCCCAGCCUCAGUAUCGGUCAUUUACUCCACACGGUUUAGAACAGGGUGGACUGCGAGCUCCACAUGGAUUGGAACAGGGUGGACUGAGAGCUCCACAUGGAUUAGAACAGGGGGGACUAAGAGCUCCACAUGGAUUAGAACAGGGGGGAAUACGUCUUCCACAUGGACUUGACCAGGGUGGACUGUUGAGACAACAAUUGUUACAUGGAAUUAGACCUUCAUCAGAUUCUUCAUUUCAUAGACCAACUAUUGAUCCUUCUCGAGCAUCCCCCUCCUAUCACAGGGUAGACCCUCCAAGGUCGUCACCCUCCUAUCACAGUCCACCACCUAACAGAACUGUACACAAUAUACCAGGAUCUUCUCCACCAGGGGUUGUUGGUCGUGAGAGUGAAAGGAUGUCUCCAUACCAUGUAUCUACCAUACGUAAGACACCUUCUCCGGCACCUAAACGUGUAUCACCAGGUCCUCAGAAGUCUUCCCCAUCUCCCAAACAUCAACGAAUGUCACCAGUGCCAGAGCUAUCUUCACAUUAUCGUCAAGAUAGAGUAUCUCCUGCAGAGAGGACACAGUUAAGUUUGGAAGAGGCCAUCAAAUUAAUGCAAGGUCACCCUGGAGCAAUUAUUCCACAACAUUUACUUACACAACUAGGUCAGCAGGUUCCCCAGCAACAAGGUCACCCCGGAGCAAGUAUUCCACAACAUUUACUUACACAACUAGGUCAGCAACUUCCCCUGCAACAGACCAGAUCUGACACUGAAGAUGUAACAAAGUUCAGCAGCUAUCAACCUUUAUACAGUUUUCCUGAGCCCUAUCCAAGGGCAGUUCCCCAUUCACAGAAUGAGCCCUAUGCAAGGGCAGUUCCCCACUUACAGAAAGAGCCCCAUCAAUGGGCAGUGCCCCUUUCACAGACUGAACCCUAUCUUAGGACAGACUACAAUUUUCAGACUAAAGAGGUGAUACAUAAACCAGAGAGGUCAUCUAAACAGUUCAUUAGUACUAUGUUAGCUAAUCAAGCCAAGAGCAGACAACCUGGUACUGUUACACAUGGUUUAAUGGUAGAUACACAUGGUGAUCAUCAAGCCAAGGGAAGACAACCUAAUCCUGGUUCUGUAUUUCAACCACAUGGUUUAAUGGUAGAUACACAUGGUGACCAUCAUCAAAUGUCACAGUUUGUUAAAGUGUCACCUUCAGGACCAAGACUAGUAUCACCCCCAGGUUUAGUACCUAGACAGAUGGUGCCAUCUGGUGGUAUGAUAAGACAAAUGUCUCCCUCUGGUGGUAUGCAGCAGCAAAUGUCUCCCCCAGGUGGUGCACCACGACAGACUGGAGGACAGAUGUAUCAUUCUACCACUCCCUCUAUAGUUCAUCCGUCCUCUUUACCACAAACAGCUCAGAUGACUACAGCCCUGCUUCAGCCACAGGUCAUGACAUCAGCAGGGACAACAACAAGACGUAUCCCUUCACCCAAACCUCAACAUCGACAUAAAGACUUUGCUCAGGCACAAGCUAGAAAUACACUACAGAAUAUACAUAUACCUGAGAAUGCUGGACCAAUUAGACAACCUGUGGUGGAACUUGUUAAAAUUCCCAUACCAAGGUCAACAGAUGGAAGUAUUCAAACAUUCUCUGCCAGUCAUAUGACCAGUCUUACUUCACAUGCUGGUAAUCCAACUACACAUGUCGGUAAUCUAGCUACACAUGUCGGUAAUCCAGCUACACAUGGCGUUAAUCUGACGACACACGCUGAUAACCUUACUCAUUUACCAUUCUCACAAAUACAAUCACACCCUUUUGGUGAAACCAUGGCAACAGAAAUAAAUAAAACAUCCCAAGGAAUGAUAAAUCCUUUCACGUUUCCCACCAAACCAUCCGUGAUCUCACAACCUAAAAGUCAGCCAAGAUAUGAAGUUAUCUCCCCUGUGCCGCCUGUUAUUGAACAGAAGAGGAAGUUGUCUGACAUUGAGAUGCCACACUUAGAUCCUGUUCCGUCACUUCAAAAACAAGCCAGUCCUGUCAAAGUGGAAAUGGUCAAAAUGAGAAACCCCUUCAAUAUGAGGUUACAAAACUUAUCAAAUCUUCCAACAAACUCUAUGUACAGAUCUACAUAUAGAGCUCACAGCAUGGCAGUUCAUAGAGCCAAGGCUGGUCUGAUUACAAGUACAGCUAAAACACUGGACUUACUAAGACAGAAUCUACAGAAAUUUAUAAACAAAGAAAUUGAUGUCAUAGUCAAAGAAUAUUUAGAUAAGUUUUUCAAGCCUGGAAUAGAGAAUAUAAAAAGCAAUAAUGGUGAGAAUUCAGUAACAGAUGAACACGUACAAGCUGUGUGUAGACAAAUUCUAGAAGAGGCAAAAAAGAUGUACACAACAGAACAAAGGAGUACCACACCUGUACGAGAUGAAAAUACACCCAUACCACUGAACAGAAAGAGAAAUGCCUCUGAUACAGAUUCUGAGAAGAGUGUGCCGUUUCAACCAAGAAAGAAAAAGGGAAGACCUCCAAUUUAUUCCUCAGGGAGAUCCACACCAUCCAAACCUGCCAAAGCCAAUGAACCGGUCAAAAGAGAAGGUCCUAAGUGGGAUUCUAACAGACUGGAUUCUAAUACACAAUACAUUAUGGGAGCCAGGGCAAAUAAAGCACUAGGAUUAGGGGCGACUAGAGGUAGAAUAUAUAUAAAACAUCCUGAUGUAUUUAAGUAUUGUGGGGACCAGGAUGACAAACAAUGGCUAUAUGAGAACCAUAAGAUGCCAGCUACUGGAGGGAAAGCUUACAUGAUGUUACUUGAGGACGUGAAAGACCUGGCUGAGGACGAUGAAUAUAGAAACAAUGCCAAUGUAAUGAUGGAUGAAAUAGUAGGAUUCUGUAUUCCUGAUUGGAUGACAGAAAAGGUCAAAGUUCAAAUGGAAAGUCUCAGAACAGACAAGGGCAAACAGCGAAGUAGAUCCACAACUCCAAAUGAAGGACAGCUUGGCAUACAAGAUGGAAGUGAUGCUUACAAAGAUAUACCAUUCUCUGCAUUCAGCACUGCAAAGAGUUCUCCACUUAAAGAGGAGAUACAGACCUCUCCAGUUGAUACAGAAAUGGAAUUCCUGACAGGGGGAGAUAAUGGAGAUCACAAUAACUUAUCUCCCUUUAAUUUGACUGGUGGAUUUGAUGAUGGAAUUUCACCUUCUGCCUCAGAUUUAGAUACACUGGACGAGGCUCCACUCAGCGCUCCUUUUGACUUUACUAAAUGAUAAUAUAUACACUGGACGAGGCUCCACUCAGCGCUCCUUUUGACUUUACUAAAUGAUAAUAUAUACACUGGACGAGGCUCCACUCAGCGCUCCUUUUGACUUUACUAAAUGAUAAUGAAAUCACUAGACGAAGCUCCACUCAGUGCUCCUUUUGACUUUACUAAAUGAUAAUGAAAUCACUAGACGAAGCUCCACUUAGCGCUCCUUUUGACUUUACUAAAUGAUAAUGAAAUCACUAGA